AUGAAACCUGGAAACCACACUAGUGUCUCUGAAUUCCUCUUUCUGGGCCUCUCUGAGCAGUGGGAGCAACAGCCUCUCCUCUUUGGCGUCUUCCUGGGCAUAUACCUGGUCACGGUGGUGGGGAACUUUCUCAUCAUCCUAGCCAUUGGCUCUGACCCACGUCUCUACACCCCCAUGUACUUCUUCCUAGCCAACUUCUCCCUCACUGACCUGUGUUUGUCAUCCACCACCGUUCUCAGGAUGCUGGUGAAUAUCCAGGCUCACAGACACACUAUCCCCUAUGCUGGAUGCCUAUCUCAGAUCUACUUCUUCCUGUGGUUCACUGGUCUAGAUGUUUUUCUCCUGGUGGUGAUGGCGUAUGACCGGCUUGUGGCUAUCUGCCACCCCCUUCACUAUACGUUGGUCAUGAGUCCCAGGCACUGCAUCCUGCUGGUAGCCAUGUCCCUAGUAAUUGCCCAUUCAUAUUCUCUAACCCACACUAUUCUCCUGACUCAGUUAUCCCUCUAUCUUUUCUUCUGUGACCCCAAUAUUAUCCCCCAGUUCUUUUGUGAUCUAGGUCCUCUCCUGGAGCUGGCUACCUCCAGAACUUAUGUCAAUGGCUUGGUGCUCAACUUUGUGUCAGGAACAUUGCUCAUUGGACCCUUUGUUUGCAUCCUUCCAUCUUACUUCUACAUGAUACUGACAUCCUGA